AGCGGUGACAGGCACCAAUGGCGGUUCACGGGGGGCGGGGAGCGGCGGCCACUUCCUAGGACGCUGCAGUGAGUGAGAGGGGUCGCUGAUCCCGGCGCACCUGAUACAGGGAGGAGUUCCCGGUGUGCGGCGGAGGCGGCAGCAGCAGUCCCGGCCCGGAUCUCGGCGCCCGUUUUCCCCACAGCUUCACCCUGCACCGGCGGCAUCCCUAUCCCAUAGCCGGCUAGGUACGGCGGGCCCUGUGCGCCCAGGCACCCAGCCAUGGCCGGCCAGGAAAGACAGGUGCAGACAACAGGUGAGGAGAGGAGAUCAGCAGCGGAGGGCCCCGACCCUGGAGGUGCCAUGGCUCUAGGCCCGGGGGUGCCCAUUCGGGGCAUUCGUAUGAAGUUCGCAGUGCUGAGCGGGCUGCUGGAGGUCGGGGAGGUGAGCACCAGAGACCUUGUGGAGACAGUCUUCAACCUGCUUGUAGGAGGACAAUUUGAUUUGGAGAUGAAUUUCAUCAUUCAAGAGGGGGAGCGCAUUUUCUGUAUGGUUGAAUUGUUGAACAAAUGCGAUGUCCCCUGCCAAGCCGAGAUCUGCAGCAUCUUCACUGCCAUCUUGAAGAAAAGCAUUCGCAAUCUCCUCAUCUGCACAGAAGUUGGCUUGGUUGAACAAGUUUUGAACAUAAUUGACAAAGUUGACAGCAUGAUAGCAGAUCUCUUGGUGGACAUGUUGGGUGUUUUGGCAAGCUACAGUCUCACGGUCCGAGAGCUAAAGCUGUUUUUCAGUAAGCUGCAAGGAGAAAAGGGACAAUGGCCUCCACAUGCAGUUAAGCUAUUGUCUGUGUUAAAGCACAUGCCUCAGAAGUACGGCUCUGACGCUUUCUUCAACUUCCCCGGAAAGAGUGCUGCAGCCAUCGCCUUACCCCCAAUAGCUAAAUGGCCAUAUCAGAAUGGAUUCACAUUUCACACUUGGUUGAGAAUGGAUCCCAUAAACAACAUCAAUGUGGACAAGGCAAAACCAUAUUUGUAUUGUUUCAGAACAAACAAAGGACUUGGUUACUCUGCUCAUUUUGUUGGCGGGUGCUUAAUUGUCACAUCCAUAAAGUCCAAGGGAAAAGGCUUCCAGCACUGUGUGAAGUUUGAUUUCAAGCCACAGAAGUGGUAUAUGGUGUCUAUCGUCCACAUUUACAAUCGAUGGAAGAACAGUGAACUGCGAUGUUAUGUGAAUGGUGAACUAGCCUCGUAUGGCGAGAUAACCUGGCUUGUCAAUACAAGUGACACGUUUGACAAGUGUUUCUUGGGCUCAUCUGAAACAGCAGACGCUAACAGAGUAUUUUGUGGGCAAAUGGCUUCUGUCUACCUAUUCAGUGAAGCCCUAAAUGCCGCUCAGAUCUUUGCAAUUUAUCAGUUGGGUCCAUCAUACAAGGGUACAUUUAAAUUCAAGACGGAAAGUGACCUCUUUCUUGCAGAACACCACAAGUUGUUGCUGUAUGAUGGCAAGCUUUCGGGUUCCAUCGCAUUCACAUACAACCCAAGAGCCACCGAUGCCCAGCUCUGCCUGGAAUCCUCUCCCAAAGAUAACGCCUCUAUAUUUGUGCACUCACCACAUGCCCUGAUGCUCCAGGACGUGAAAGCUGUUUUAACCCACUCCAUUCAAAGUGCUAUGCAUUCCAUUGGAGGAGUGCAGGUUCUCUUUCCUCUCUUUGCGCAGCUGGACUAUAAGCAAUACGGGUCUGAUCACAUUGACACCACUGUCUGUUCCACUCUUUUGGCCUUCAUUUUGGAGUUGCUGAAAAACUCUCUCGCUAUGCAAGAACAGAUGCUCUCCUCAAAGGGCUUCCUUGUAAUAGGGUAUAGUCUAGAGAAGUCUUCCAAAUCGCAUGUUACCAACACGGUCCUAGAGCUGAGCCUAGCAUUUUCCAAAUACCUGAGCACUUUGCAUAAUGGGGUCCCCUUACUAAAACAGUUGUGUGACCACAUUCUACUUAACCCAGCAAUAUGGAUUCAUACAUCAGCAAAGGUGCAGUUGGCCUUGUACACCUACAUGUCCACUGACUUCAUCAGCACAGUUAACAUCUACAACGCAGUGCGGAGAAUCGGGACCGUACUCCUUGUGAUGCACACUCUGAAAUAUUUCUACUGGGUUGUAAAUCCCCAGGACCGCAGUGGCAUUAUCCCUAAAGGAUUGGAUGGACCCCGACCUAACCAGAAGGAGAUCCUGUCACUCAGAGCAUUCCUGCUUAUUUUUAUAAAGCAGUUGGUGAUGAAGGAUUAUGGAGUGAAAGAAGAUGAAUUGCAGGCAAUUCUAAAUUUCUUGCUGACCGUCCAUGAGGAUGACAACUUGAUGGAUGUUCUGCAGUUACUUGUUGCACUGAUGUCUGAGCACCCAAGUUCCAUGAUUCCAGCUUUUGAUCAAAGAAAUGGUUUAAGGGUCGUUUAUAAGCUGCUGGCAUCAAAGAGUGAAGGAAUAAGAGUCCAAGGUUUAAAAGUCCUUGGAUACUUCUUGAAGCACUUGUCACCAAAGAGGAAAAUUGAAGUUAUGCAGGCCCAUGGAUUAUUCUCUCUCCUGUCUGAGAGACUGAUGUUAGAAGCAAAAACAAUCACAGUCACAACGUACAAUGUGCUUUUUGAGAUUCUCAUAGAACAAAUUAGCACUCAGGUGAUACAUAAGCAACAUGCUGAUCCGGACUCAUCCGUCAAAAUCCAAAAUCCUUUGAUUCUCAAAGUGGUAGCUACACUUCUGCGGAACUCUCCUGCAUCUCAAGAAGUCAUGGAAGUGCGGCGGAUCUUCCUUUCGGACAUGAUAAAACUCUUUAAUAACAGCAGAGACAAUAGAAGGAGCUUGCUGCAGUGCUCGGUGUGGCAGGAGUGGAUGCUGUCUCUCUGCUAUUUUAACCCCAAAAACACUGAUGAGCAGAAGGUUACAGAAAUGGUGUAUGCAAUCUUUCGUAUCCUCCUAUACCAUGCCGUGAAAUAUGAAUGGGGUGGGUGGCGAGUUUGGGUGGACACAAUCUCAAUCACACAUUCAAAGGUCACUUUUGAAAUGCACAAGGAAAGCAUGGCUCAAGUCUUUAGGGACUAUGAAGACCACGUGGAUGGAGAAAUAGGACCUGGACCAUCAAGUCCUAUACGUACAGUCUCUGGGUGUAGCAGGCCAUACGAUACCAGACCCCAAACACCACCUUUGGAACUGACAGAAACAUCAUCAAAUAUAGAAAAACCAGGCGUAGUUGUAACAGCAGACACAGAACAGAAGCAAGAGAGUGUGGAGAGUCAUGUAGGAAACCUGCAAAGUGAAACGGAAACUGAAGUAGAUGUUGUGACUGAUGAGUUAUCACAUAAUCAAAAUAAAAUCAAUGCAGAGGCCCCAGGAAGUGAGUCAAAGGGGUCCACUGAUGGAGCAGAGGCUCCAGGAAGUGAGACAAAGGGGUCUACUGAUGGAGCAGAGGCUCCAGGAAGUAAGACAAAAAGUUCUACUGAUGGAGCAGAGUCUCCAGGAAGUGAGUCAAAGGAGUCCACCAGUAGAGAGACUGUAACCACAUUCUCCAAUGAAGGUCAGGCUGAAGGAGCGGACUCUGCACUAGGUGCUAAUUGCAAUACGAUUGAGAGUGUUGACUCUUUAAGCAGCAUAGACGAGAAGCUGGAUAAGGUGGAAGGCCAAGUAAAUGGGGACAUCAAUGUGGUAGACGGUCAAGACUUGGCAACAGAGACUGAGCUUUCAAAACAGAGUGAAAACUUGAGUUUACAGGAGAAGGAAAAACCCAUAGAAAGUAAUAGUGAGUUAGUGAGCACACAGGUGUGUACAGAAGCUGUUGACUCAAGUGCACAUUCUAACAAUCUAUCAACAGAAACAAUUACUCAAGAUGAGACUGUUACUCAAGAAGUUUCUCAGCUCACACCUGCUCCAGAGGAAAAUGUUGAAGCUUGUGCUGUAAAUGUAGAUAAGGACAUGGCUUCUGCUGUCACACCCAGUUCAGUUGACACAGGAGAUCUAAGCACCAGCACAACCAUCACCUCAGAUGUUCAGAAUUUUGAUAAGAAAAUUGCUAAGCUUGAUGUGUCAAGCAUUGCUUCUGAUACUGAAAAAUUGGAACUAAAAGCCAGUGCCAGCUGCGAGCCAGACCACACUCCAAGACCUGCACCUGAGCCUGUAAAGCAGCCAAUUGCACAUGAAGGAGAACGAGUGUUUCCAUCUGAUGGACAAAGAAGAGACUCAAGAUCAACAAUGUUUCGUAUCCCUGAGUUCAAAUGGUCAAUGAUGCACCAGCGACUACUAACAGACCUACUAUUUUCCAUUGAAACUGAUAUCCAAAUGUGGCGAAGCCACUCUACAAAGACUAUAAUGGACUUCGUGAACAGCAGUGAUAAUGUAAUUUUUGUACACAAUACAAUCCACCUCAUUUCUCAAAUUACUGACAACAUGAUAAUGGCUUGUGGUGGUAUACUACCACUACUUUCUGCAGCAACUUCGGCUACGCAUGAACUGGAAAAUAUUGAACCAACCCAGGGAUUAUCUAUAGAGGCAUCUAUUACGUUCCUGCAGAGAGCCAUUGGCCUGGUGGAUGUCCUCAUUUUUGCAAGUUCCCUGGGAUUUGCAGACAUUGAGGCUGAGAAGAACAUGUCAUCUGGGGGAGUUUUGCGCCAGUGUCUUCGACUAGUCUGUGCAGUAGCUGUUAGGAAUUGCCUGGAGUGUCAGCAGCACUUGCAAUUAAAAUCCACAGGAGAAAAUAUGAAAAACCAGAAGGCAAUUCAUGGCCUGGUGAGCACAGCAAAGUCUGCUGCAAAGAACCCAAUUGAUAUUGCAACUGGAGGAAUUUCUCCUAUCCGAGACCUCGACAGGCUUCUUCAAGAUAUGGAUAUAAACCGCUUACGAGCUGUGGUCUUUAGAGAUGUGGAUGAUAGCAAACAGGCUCAGUUUCUAGCCCUGGCUGUUGUUUACUUCAUCUCGGUGCUCAUGGUAUCUAAAUAUCGAGACAUCCUGGAGCCUCAGAAUGAGAGGAGGCAGACCCAAGCGAGCACCGCUUCCAGCGAUCUGGAGAACGGUAGUGGCGAUGCAGGAACAUUAGGAUUACAAGAUGGCACACAAACAGUAGCAGCAGCCACCAGAGAUGAUUCGGAGGGCACCAUAUCUGUAAGAAGAAGAGACUCUGGUAUUGGGGAGGAAGCAGUUUUAGGACCUAGCAGCAAUUCAGACGCUGAAGCUGGGGAGAAUCAUGUGAGCUCAGGUCCUGACGCUGUUAGUGAAGUCUUACACACACUGUCAUCAGAAGUCAGGAAAACUCAGGAGAGUGGAAAUGAUGGUGUAAGUGAGCAGGCAGCCACCAAAAAUGUGAACGUAAAGGACAUUCUCCGGAGCCUGGUCAGCGCGCCAGCUGAGGAAUUGCCGAUAGACCCUGCUAUGUUACCGCCUACGUUUCUUGGUACACUGGGUGAUCCUACUGUGGACCGUGCUGUGCAGUUCCGAUCAUUUGACAGGAGUGUUGUCAUAGCACAGAAGAAGUCUGCUGCCUCCGCGCCAUCCACGGUCAAUGCUCUACCCCAUGCAGUCAGUGUGGUGUCCUCAGUGGAGGCAUCGCAAGCUACAGACGCAGACAGAGAGUCCUCUGGCAGUGGAUCGUCUAAUUCAAAGCUGCCAUCCGUCCAGGCCGUCAAUCCUGUGUUAGAGGAUUCUGCUUCUCAUAUGAGUAUUACAGAUCGGUUGGAGCACGCAUUGGAGAAAGCUGCCCCUCUUCUGAGGGAGAUAUUUGUGGAUUUUGCCCCAUUUCUGUCUCGCACACUUUUAGGGAGCCAUGGCCAAGAGUUACUGAUUGAGGGAACAAGUCUGGUGUGCAUGAAAUCUAGUAGCUCGGUUGUGGAGUUGGUCAUGCUGCUCUGUUCACAGGAAUGGCAGAACUCCAUUCAGAAAAAUGCUGGACUUGCGUUCAUUGAGUUGGUUAAUGAAGGAAGAUUGCUAAGCCAGACCAUGAAAGAUCACCUGGUGAGAGUUGCAAACGAAGCAGAAUUUAUACUGAGCAGACAGCGUGCAGAGGAAAUACACAGGCAUUCGGAGUUUGAGUCACUUUCUGCACAAUAUUCAGCAGAAAAGAGAGAAGAUGAAAAGAUGUGUGACCAUUUAAUAAGGGCGGCCAAGUACAGAGAUCAUGUGACUGCGACACAGCUGGUGCAGAAAAUCAUCAAUAUUCUCACUGACAAACAUGGAGCUUGGGGCAGUUCAUCAGUAAGCCGUCCCCGGGAGUUCUGGCGCCUUGACUACUGGGAAGAUGACUUAAGGCGCCGUCGACGGUUUGUGCGGAACCCCCUUGGAUCGACACAUCCUGAAGCAACACUCAAAGCAGCCAUAGACCAUGAUUCAGUAGAAGAUGCCAUUGUAAAAGGAAAGCAGUCCAUCAAGAGUAACAUUUUGGGAGGGCAGAACUCUGAGAGUGAUAACCUUCUGGAAGGAGACGAUGACACCUUGUCAUCACUGGAAGAGAAGGACCUGGAAAAUCUUACAGGUCCGGUGAGCCUCAGCACUCCUGCUCAAUUAGUAGCUCCCUCCAUUAUGCUGAAGGGAACCCUGUCCGUCACAUCGUUUGAGCUGUACUUUGAGGUGGAUGAAGAUGAUCCCAACCUUAAGAAAAUUGAUCCAAAGAUUCUCGCUUACACCGAGGGAAUACAUGGAAAAUGGAUGUUCACAGAGAUUCGUGCCAUAUUUUCACGACGUUAUCUUCUACAAAAUACAGCAUUGGAAAUAUUCAUGGCAAACAGAGUGGCUGUCAUGUUCAACUUUCCAGACCAGUCUACAGUGAAAAAGGUUGUCCAUUGUCUCCCCAGAGUUGGCAUUGGCACGAAUUUUGGGCUUCCCCAAACCAGGCGCAUCUCCCUGGCUAGUCCUCGGCAGAUAUUUAAAGCAUCAAACAUGACUCAGCGUUGGCAGCACAGAGAAAUCUCAAACUUUGAAUACUUAAUGUUCUUGAACACAAUAGCUGGGCGAUCCUACAAUGACCUAAAUCAGUAUCCAGUGUUUCCAUGGGUCAUUACAAAUUAUGACUCCGAAGAGCUGGACUUGACUCUUCCAAGCAAUUUCAGAGAUUUAUCAAAGCCUGUUGGAGCAUUGAAUCCCAAACGAGCAGCCUUCUUCACAGAGCGCUAUGAAACCUGGGAGGACGAUCAAGUUCCAAAGUUUCACUAUGGCACCCACUACUCUACUGCAAGCUUUGUACUCAGCUGGCUUCUACGACUUGAACCUUUUACAACCUUUUUCCUAAAUUUCCAAGGUGGAAAAUUUGACCAUGCAGACAGAGCGUUUUCUUCCGUCUCAAGAGCAUGGCGUAACUCGCAGAGAGACACCUCAGAUAUCAAAGAGCUCAUUCCAGAAUUCUAUUACCUGCCGGAGAUGUUUGUCAACUUAAAUGAUUACAAUCUUGGGGUGAUGGAUGACGGAACAGUAGUGUCUGAUGUCGAACUUCCACCAUGGGCUAAGUCACCGGAAGACUUUGUUCGCAUAAACAGACUGGCCUUGGAAAGCGAGUUUGUAUCUUGCCAGCUCCACCAAUGGAUUGAUCUUAUUUUUGGCUACAAACAACAGGGACCGGAAGCUGUUCGAGCACUAAAUGUGUUCUAUUACUUGACCUAUGAGGGAGCUGUCAAUCUAAGUUCCAUCACAGAUCCUGUCCUGAGAGAGGGUGUGGAAGCUCAAAUCCGUAGUUUUGGACAGAACCCUUCACAGCUGUUAAUAGAGCCGCAUCCUCCCAGGAGCUCGGCUAUGCAAGUGUAUCUCCUCCUGCAGACACCACUGAUGUUUACGGACCAAGCUCAGCAUGAUGUCAUUAUGGUUCUAAAGUUCCCAUCCAACUCUCCCGUCACUCACGUUGCAGCGAACACUCAGCCAGGAUUGGCUAGUCCUGCAGUCAUUACUGUCACUGCUAACAGACUGUUUGCUGUGAACAAGUGGCACAGUCUUCCAGCCCAUCAAGGUGCUGUGCAGGACCAGCCGUACCAGCUGCCGGUGGAGAUCGAUCCUCUCAUAGCUAGUAACACCGGAAUGCACAGACGGCAAAUCUCUGAUCUCUUAGACCAAAGCAUCCAGGUCCAUUCUCAGUGUUUUGUGAUCACAGCAGACAACCGUUUCAUUUUAGUCUGUGGCUUCUGGGACAAAAGUUUCCGUGUAUAUUCAACCGAUACAGGUAAACUGACUCAGGUGGUGUUUGGGCACUGGGAUGUAGUAACUUGCCUGGCCCGGUCGGAGUCCUACAUCGGAGGGGACUGUUACAUUCUCUCAGGAUCACGUGAUGCUACGCUCUUGCUGUGGUACUGGAAUGGCAAAAACAAUGGAAUUGGGGACAAUCCAAACAGCGAGUUUGCUACACCUCGGGCAAUUCUGACUGGCCAUGACUGUGAAAUUACGUGCACUACAGUUUGUGCAGAACUGGGCUUGGUGAUAAGUGGUUCAAAAGAAGGUCCAUGUCUGAUACAUUCUAUGAAUGGAGACCUUCUGAGGACACUUGAGGCUCCUGGAAACUGUCUUCGACCUAAACUUAUCCAGGCUUCAAGGGAGGGACACUGUGUUAUAUACUAUGAAAGGGGCCUUUUCUGUGUAUUCGGUGUGAAUGGGAAGCUUCAAGCCACAAUGGAAAUUGAUGAUAAUACUCGGGCAAUACUGCUGAGUCGGGAUGGACAGUACCUGCUCACAGGAGGAGAUAGUGGAGUUGUCAUGAUUUGGCAAGUAUGUGACAUGAAACAACUGUUUGCCUAUCCAGGCUGUGAUGCCGGCAUCCGAUCCAUGGCCUUGUCUUAUGACCAAAGGUGCAUUAUGACCGGCAUGGCAUCUGGGAGCAUUGUGCUCUUCUACAACGACUUCAACCGCUGGCACCACGAAUAUCAGACAAGAUACUGAUGGCAAGCAGGAUGCCCGCACUGUACUGAUGCACUGAUACCGCUCACUUCUGGCAGGCCACUAAAGCCACCUGCCACCGCUUAGGUCCUUUAUAAAUGGCUAAUUACAUCUGAAUGUAAUUUAAAUGAAACUCAAAUCAGCAAACUAUUUUUAGAGUUAAUUGCUAUUUUUGUAGACCUUGCUUUACCUUUUUUUGUGGGUACAUGAAACAAGCAGAAGUAUAAAGGCUGCUGGGUUCUGUAGUAAAACAAAUAUAUAAAUAAAUAUAUAUUUUUUAGUCCUAUGGAGAAGAUUAUUUUCAUCUGUGUACCUUGAAAAUAAGCUUAAUAUGGGGGCUGGAUGAUUUAUGCCAGGUCUGUAUACAGUGACUAGCUUUCCUGUAUCUUGAGUUUAUCUGAGGGUUCUCUUUCCUGUGGGCACUUUCAGCUGCGACCUUUCCUACAUGUUAUGUCAUGCUGCAGUAAUUUUUUCUUUUUAUUUUCUCUCUCUUUCCAAAUGAUUGUACUAUCACGGCACUGAGAGAUUGUCUGUCUGCCGAAUUGUAGUAAUUAUGGUUAAUUGAAUAUGAAACUUUUUGUAGAAAUUGGUUUAAUUUGGAUGGCAGAAAAUAAUGUUCUGGGAAAGAUUAAAUAUAAUGUUCUCCCUCAAAAUGGCUCCUCCUUUGUUUAAAGGGGAAUGAAAUGUUGGGAGACAUAGUAUCUAGUAUAUUAGGCUUGUUUUGCUGCAUAGUACCCAUAGCACAAAUGUGUUGCAGCCGGAUAUUAGCUCAGAUAACGUAAUAAUGUCUUAUUGGUAGCAGUGGGUUACUGCAUGUUACUGCCAUUGACAUUAAGUUGUUGAAUAGGCUUUGAAGUGAGUUGAGCCGGUGUAAAAUCACAUAUGUGUUUCUACACAUUUUUAUGAAUAUGUUGAUAUCUAGUAAAAUAUACUGUAGAUGGCUUCUUAAAAUGUGCAGACAUGUUCCAAUCUAACAGGUUAAGUCCACAGUUUUAAAUACUCUUAUUUAAGAAAACCCAAGACAUGUUCUCUAAAGUAGUCUAGAAUUAAUUUCUUUUUUGCUGCAACUGGCUUACUAUUUUCUAUUAGUUUUAGCACCAAAUCAUGUGAAUAAAAUCUUGUGUAAAGCCUAUCUAGCGUGUACCUGGACAGGCUUAAAGUAAUAACCUAAACAAAAACAACAUCCAGUUAUUUUGUUGUUACAUAGUCUUACCUUUUCUACAAGAUUGCUGUGCAGAAUUCUGUAAAACUAUUUGUGAAAAAAAGAACUGUGUUGUUUCAUAUGUCUGUAUUGCAUAAGGACUUGUUUGUACUUUGUGAUCUCCUUGUGAGCUGAACCUACAUUCCACAUGUUUCUUAAUCAAAGAUUUGUCUACUGGGUCGCUAGUACAGCUCACCUUUUUCUACUCAUUCAGUAACCAUCUUUUAAUUAGCUCAAGUGUGGGAUGAAGUACGUUUAAAUGGACAAAAAUAAAUAAAAAUGGAAUUUGUAAUUGCAAA